AUUCAACUGAACAGCAAGCGCACCUACCCUACCUGCAAGCGCACCGCCCGCCGUCGAAGGCGAAGACCUAGUUCCCGGUCCGUCGCGAUGGCUGCCGUGGCCCGCCGCGGCCCCGGGGCGCGCCUCCUCGCGGCGCUCCUCCUGCUGGCGCUGGUCGUCUCCGGGCACUGCCUGGACGCGCACCACCGCGGGCUGAAGCGCCGGCGGCGGAAGCACGAGAUCCAUUCCCCGGUCAAGACGGUGGUGGUGGUGGUGAUGGAGAACCGCAGCUUCGACCACAUCCUCGGCUGGCUCCGCCGCACCCGCCCCGACAUCGACGGCCUCACGGGCCGCGAGUCGAACCGCCUCAACGCCUCCGACCCCGCAUCCCCGGAGAUCUUCGUCACCGACGAGGCCGGCUACGUAGACUCCGACCCCGGCCACGGCUUCGAGGACAUCCGGGAGCAGAUCUUCGGCUCCGCCGACACCUCCGCGGUGCCGCCCCCAAUGUCCGGAUUCGCCCAGAACGCGCGCGGCAUGGGCCUCGGCAUGCCGCAGAACGUCAUGAGCGGCUUCAAGCCCGACGCCGUCCCCAUCUACGCCUCCCUCGCCGACGACUUCGCCGUGUUCGACCGCUGGUUCGCCUCCGUGCCCACCUCCACGCAGCCCAACCGCCUGUUCGUCCACUCGGCGACCUCCCACGGCCUCACCUUUAACGCCCGCAAGGACCUCAUCCAUGGUUUCCCGCAGAAGACCAUCUUUGACAGCCUCGAGGAGAAUGGCCUGUCUUUUGGCAUCUACUACCAGAACAUCCCGGCCACGCUCUUCUACCAGAGCCUCCGCCGCCUAAAGCACCUCAUUAAGUUCCACCAGUACAGCCUCAAGUUCAAGUUGCACGCCAAGUUGGGGAAGCUGCCAAAUUAUGUGGUGAUUGAACAAAGGUACUUUGAUUGCGAGAUGUUCCCAGCAAACGAUGAUCAUCCCUCGCAUGAUGUGGCAAGGGGACAGAGGUUCGUCAAAGAGGUGUAUGAAACACUGAGAGCCAGUCCGCAGUGGAACGAGACGGCCCUGAUUAUCACAUAUGAUGAGCAUGGUGGAUUCUAUGACCAUGUACCUACGCCGGUCGUUGGAGUGCCCCAGCCUGAUGGAAUAGUUGGGCCUGAUCCAUACUACUUCAAGUUCGAACGGCUUGGGGUGCGUGUUCCCACCUUUCUCAUCUCACCUUGGAUAGAGAAGGGCACUGUGAUCCAUGAACCAAAUGGUCCACAGGAUACCUCGCAAUAUGAGCAUUCGUCCAUCCCUGCAACAGUAAAGAAGCUAUUCAAUUUACAUUCUAACUUUCUGACAAAGAGAGAUGCAUGGGCUGGGACCUUUGAGAGCUACUUCAAAAUCCGGAAAACACCAAGAACUGACUGUCCAGAGAAGCUCCCAGAGGUGACGAAGUCAUUGCGACCAUUUGGUCCCAAGGAAGAUUCGUCUCUCUCGGAAUUUCAAGUGGAGUUGAUUCAACUUGCUUCACAGCUCAACGGUGAUCACGUACUGAACACGUACCCAGAUAUUGGCAGGACCAUGACUGUCGGGGAAGCAAACCGCUACGCAGAGGAUGCUGUCGCCAGGUUCCUGGAAGCUGGUCGGAUUGCUUUGAGAGCUGGUGCAAAUGAAUCUGCUUUGGUGACGAUGAGGCCUGCUCUCACCAGCAGGGCCUCAAUGUCCUCUGGUUUAUCAUCAGAGCUCUAGUAGAUUGCUCCGGUCUACCCAUAAACUACACAUUGGCAUUCGCUCUGAUUCAGCUGUGGCUGAAUCAGAGCUCUUGUGUAACGUGGUAAGAGAGCCUACCACUUGGCGGUGUAGUGCAAAUAUGAUACUAUAGCAUCAUGUAACAGACAGCAUGGUUUUGUAAAUAGACGUCAUGAUAUUGGACAUCUGGAUUCUGAUACAGUAUAUGUCGAAGUCCCCUCCUGGAUAGUGUGUAGUGGGGAUUUCUAAAGCAUUGUGGAAUUGUACCUAUUCUGUAUUCAGUCUGUAUUUUACUGUACUGUACCUGCUUGUCAAGCAGCUGAACUGCACUUUGGAGUGAUGUAUCAUAUGCUACUUAAACAAAU